AUGCUGAACCACCACGAUCGGUCGGCGCUAGCGUUGCUGGCAGCCGUGGAAACGUCGUACUUGGCUUGGAUGGACCUGCAGUCGCGAAUGGCGUCGACGCUAUGGGUGUCGCUGACUUUGCUUUCAGUGUACUGCCACCACCUGCGCCCCCUCUUGCAGCCUCCCCCGUCGUCCUUGCCUCCAGGCUGUCUGGGAGCGGAGCAAUCGAAAACAAGACUCCACAUCAUGUGGACAUAUGCACAACCGAAGACCAAGUGCCAGCAGGCCCUUCCCAAGAAAUAA